UUAUAAAGAAAAAAAACAAAACAAAAACAAAAAACUUGGUCAACACACAUCAAACGAAAGCAGUGACAUCACAAAUGAAAUUCUUAAUUAAGUUAUGCAUUUAUCCAUGUCAUUAAACAUAAAUUUAUUCUUUGUCUUUUUGACUUAGAAAUUAAUAGAGCCAUCUACAAAAUGCAAAUCCAACAACAAUGCAAAAAGCAUUUAAUCAGAUCGAGACCAACCCUCCAAAAUUAAACUUCUGCUUGAAAAUUAAGUCGAACUUCUAGUAACAAAGGAAGACGGGAUUAUAUUAUAUCGUUUCCUUAUUACUUUGACCGUCCACAAAUACUAAUAACCAUGCCGGACGAGCUGGUGCUGCUGGAUCAGUGGGCUAGUCCAUUCGCCUUGAGGGUCAAUAUUGCACUACAAGAAAAAGGCAUAACAAAUUAUGUAUCCCAAUAUGAAAAUUUGCAUGCCAAAAGCUCACUUCUUUUAGAUAUGAACCCGGUUCAUAAUCAAGUUCCGGUGUUAAUACAUGAUGGAAAACCGGUUUGCGAGUCACUCGUAAUCUUGGAGUACAUUGAUGAAGUUUGGAAUGACAAGUCUUGUAACUUGUUGCCUGCUGAUCCUUAUGAGAGGGCUCGAGCUCGGUUUUUGGCUGAUUAUUUCGAUAUUACGUUUAGCACCUUUCUUAGCAAGAUAUGGACUCAAAAAGAAGUAAUUGAGUAUGAUGAAAAGAAGGAUUUCAUAAAUUUUCUCAAGUUGUUUGAAGAAGAGCUUGCAGACGAGCCUUAUUUUGGAGGAAACAAUUUUGGAUACUUGGACGUCGCACUAAUUCCAAACUAUAAUUAUAUUUGCACCUAUGGGAUGUUCACUAAAUUGGACAUAUUAGCUGAAUGUCCAAAACUUAAUGCAUGGGCUAAGAUAUGCAUGGAGAGGAAUAGUGUUAAAAAGUAUGUACCAAAUGAGCUCAAAAUCUAUGAAUAUGUUCAUGAAAUAAGGAAGAGACUCCUUGGAAUAGAUUGAAGAUGGGCAUACAAUUUAAACUUGAAUCCUAAUAUUAUUGACAUUUAUUUUGUUGUUGUCUGUAUUAUAUAUUAUUCUCAUUUUUAUUGUGUUAGUAUUUUGUUUUGUUUGGUCUUUCUUGUAACUUAACUUUUUAUAAUAUCUGUUUAGCUUUCUUUA